UCUAUCUAUCUAUCUAUCUAUCUAUCUAUCUAUCUAUCUAUCUAUCGUUUAAGUUUUUAUAGUUCACCAUUUAUUACGCGCACGCGUACUGGGCCUUUAAUUAUUUUGCAUCCGGAGCAGCUGCUCUAUCACAGACAAGUACAGGCCAGUCUUCCACCGACAACAGCCCAUCCUUCACGGGUUUGUUAACAAGGAUUUAACAGGUGCAGUGCUGCUGCUGUCCUGUGGUUUACUAUGGCACAGAACCAAGUGAUCUUGCAGUUCCGCUUCGCCACAUUUGGAGACUCCAUGCUGCAGAAGAUGAACCUCCUUCGACAUCAGAGACGCUUCUGUGAUGUCACAGUGCGCAUUAACCAGCUGGAGGUUCCUGGUCACAAGGUAGUGUUUGCUGCUGGCUCAUCUUUCUUGAGAGACCAGUUCAUCCUUCAGCAGGACUCUAAAGAGGUCCAGAUCUCCAUGAUCCAGGAGGCAGAAGUGGGCCGGCAGUUGUUGCUGUCUUGCUACACAGGCCAACUGGAAUUCCCCGAGCUAGAGCUGGUCCAUUAUCUUACAGUGGCCAGCUUCCUCCAAAUGGGCCACAUUGUGGAGCAGUGCACCCAGGCCCUUAGCAAGUUCAUCAAACCUCAGGCUUCACGCCGACUCGGGGUGGAUAUGGACAUUAGGAGAGAGAAGAGGGACAAUGGGUUGUCCUCCCAGGUACAGAGAGAAAAUGAGCACUCUCAGGGGCAGACUGUCCCUCAGGAAGUGGAAGAGGAGGAUGAGGAGGAAGAGGAAGAGGAGGUGGUUGUGGGUCAGGUGGAGGGACACCAUAAUGAUGACAGUGACGACGACGACGAUGAUGUGAUUAUACAGCCCAUUAGCCCUGUCCAGAUUUUAAACAGGCAUCCAAGGCAGGGUAUGGUGGAAAGUGACAUCACUAUAGUAAAGGUGGAGUCUGUGUCUGAUGUAGCAGAAAAUUCCAUCACUGGUCACUUUUCUGCCAGCCCUCCUGCUGCACUCCAUUCCCCUGAGCCCCAACACUCACUCAUUAAUUCCACUGUGGACAGUCGUGGCAAUGAGAUGGCAGCUCCACCUGGCUUAGCCGGAUACCCACUCAGCCCCCCUUCCCAGUCCUCGCCUGUAGAGAAACACAUCGGACAUCAGAGGAACUAUGACAAACCAUUACAGUGGUACCACCAGUGCCCCAAAUGUGCCCGGGUCUUCCGCCAGCUAGAAAACUAUGCCAACCACCUUAAGAUGCACAAACUGUUUAUGUGCCUGCUGUGUGGCAAGACUUUCACACAGAAAGGCAACCUGCACCGGCACAUGCGCGUGCAUGCUGGCAUCAAGCCUUUUCAGUGUAAAAUUUGUGGCAAGACCUUUACCCAAAAGUGUUCAUUGUUGGAUCACCUAAAUCUGCACAGUGGGGAUAAGCCGCACCGUUGUAACUACUGUGAAAUGGUGUUUGCUCACAAACCAGUGCUGCGCAAACACCUAAAACAGAUCCACGGCAAGAACAGCUUUGACAACGCAAACGAAGGCAACCUGCAUGAAGGGGGGCUUGAGUUUGAGUUUGGACGAAUAUGUAAUCCCUGAACCUUUAUUAUUAUUAUUAUUAUUAUUAUUAUUAUUAUUAUUAUUAUUAUUUGUACGAAAGGACAACAAUUCUGAAAAGUUGGCAGAUAGUUGGGUGAGAUGAGAUUGGCUUACUUGAAUAAUAUGAACAUGAGCAAAGUUUUCCAGGUGUGCACUUCACUGUAGCUUCAUUACUGUGGACUGUUUUCUGAUUUUGUACAAAACAGUGUAGAUGCCUUCUCAUCAUACUUGAAAAUUCAACACUGAAACACAAAAUAUUAAAGGUGCAGUGUGUAACAAAAUCUGCCGGCGUCAAUGAGAGAACAUUUUUAUAUAUUAUUAAAAACUGUUUCUAAUCACAUCACUAAAAUAACUUGUGUUUUAUUCUCCUAAAAUAAGCUACUUGUGGGUCCACAUACAUGUCAGCUGCCAUGUUUGUGCCACAAUUUUUACUAAUGGUACGGUGUCUCUGAAUGGACAAAACUGUGUGAAGUGAGAACCCUUCUGAGCUUUAAAACUCCAGUAUGGAUUUGUUUGAUAGUUGCAGGAGCACCGUUUGGGAUAUGUAACGCCUUAAAAGGACCAUAGAAGAAGACAGUACACAAUUUUUACACAUAAUUUUGAAGCAGUUACUUGUAGUCCCGUCAUCGCUGCACCUUCUAAUAAAGUAGAAUAAAUAAAAGUCUGGAAGAAUUUUGGCCACUGUUCAUUCAUUACUGUGCUCUUUUUAAUCUCAUCUUUACCACUAGAUCUCAGUACUUCGUACACACUGCACCUUUAAAUAUCAUUAGUUUUAUUUUUUAAUAUUCUAGUUUUUGUGUACCCUCCUAUGAAAAAAUAAACAUUGCUUCAUGGAAAAUUUCCAUUUGUAUAUUGUGUAUACGAUCUGCUGUAGCCUUUCUUUCUUAUCUGUGUAGAUUUGACAAAAUAGACUUUAUAAUAAAAUAAACUUGAAUGAGUGGGCAAAAUAAUGGAAAAAAGGCCUUUUGUUGUUGGGACAGAAGGAUGGCCACAGUGUCUGUGUGACCUGAAAUGUUUGUUUUAUAUAACUUUAUAUCAGAGGUACAACUGGACCAAAGUAUCAUUGUAUAUGUUCUGUGUUCAUUAAAGUCAAUGUGCUUACUGAAAUAAUAAAUAAUAAUAUUAAUAAUAAAAAAAAAGUUUCUUCACUGGUUUUGGCAAUGUGCUGCUCUUACUGUAACACCAAUCUUCUCUCCAUUUAUGAACGUCAGAAAAUUCCAACAUUACCUUGUCAUUU